AUGUGGGACCACCUUCUGACCCCGCUCUCUAUGGUCCUGCAGGGCUUGGGCCUCCCAGCAGGGGUACAGCUCAGUGGCUCCCUGCAGGCCUCAGGUAGGGAAGCAGAAGCUUCAGGGGUCCUCGCAGCGGCCGGCCAGACUGCCUCCCUGACCUUGUUGGUGGCCCUGCACCCAUCCGAGGCCACACUUCGAGCGAAGAUGAGGCACACGCUGCUUUCACUGCACUCCAUUCCCCCAGAGACCUCGCUGACCGUCCAGCUUGGGUGGGAGGCCGGACGCCAGCUGGGCCUGGAGCUGCACGCGGGGGCCUGCGAGCUUUGGGGCAGCGGCGAGCUGCAGCUGGACCCCUGGCUGCAAUGGCGGGUGCUGUCCGAGAGCUCCUGUGAGGCCCUGCAGGCCCUGGGGGUCCCGGGUCGAGUGGAUGGCUCCGGCUACAUCAUGGUGAGCUCCAUGGCUGUGGACGCCCAGGUGCUGGUCACCGUGGAUGCCAACACACUACGGGGACUGCUCAUUCUCAAUACCACCGAGACCCAGCAGGAGGUGAACUUGCUGCUCACACACAACCUGCUUCAGCCCUUGGCCCUCCCAGCCCACGUCCUGCUGGACCUGACCACCGAGAGGCUCGGGCCCAGCUACAGACACACCCUGCAGGUUGGAGUGGAUGGCAGACAGGUGUCUGAGGAGCUGACCUUCACUAGGUGGCCGGAGCACAUCUCCCUAGACUGCACGUUCCAGCACAACAUCCCCACACUGCAGACGCUGUGGGUGGAGGACAAGCUGGGCCUGCAGGUCUCCGUGGACGUUCACGACAGUGACUCUGGCUUUGAGAAUUUGGGACGCGUCUCGGCAGGGGCCACGUCUCUGAACUACUCCGUGAGCUGCCAUCACCGCGAUGGGCGCCUGGAGCUUUCUGGCUGGAGUGAGCACGACAGCCAGGCCCUAUGGCAGGCGGGGUUCCCAGCAGAGGCCCGCAUCAGCGCCGAGCUGCAGACACGCGAGACCCAGACCCAGGCCCAUGUGGUCCUCCAAAGUGGGGAUGGUGGGAUCAGCAUGGACGUGGCAGCCCUGGUGGCCUGGCCGGUGAACGGCCCUCUGGAGCUGGUGGUGAAUGUCAGCCACACGGCGCCCGCUCUCCGGAGGCUGGGCCUGCCCUUCGCCAGCCAGCUCAUGUUCUGGGAGCUCUGGACAGAGGAGGAGAUGAGUUCUUCCCUGCAGCUGACCUGUGAUUCUCAAGCCUGCCUGGUCUUCAACAUCCGUGGCCAGAACCGGGCGCUCAGCAAAGAGCUGCGGCUCUCAGGCCGGCAUCACCUCCCCAUCCUCCUAGGCUGCUGCCCCAGCAGAGCCUCAGCCUCAACCAAGCUACGAUAUUCUGAGGGUGGAGCCGAGAGCACAUUUGCCUUGAUGGUGGAGGAGCAUCAUUUCCACGUUGGCUCCAGGCUGGUGGCUGCUAAGAACAGUCUCACCAACAUCAUCACGCUGGAACAGACCUUCCCCCAGCUCCACACCCUUCCUGGGGAGCUGGUCCUGCAGACCUCAUACGAGCGAGCCCGUGGCACCCGUGUCCUGCACCACAUGGUGCUCUGGGAUGGCCAGGAGAUGGCCAUCAACGGGAGCCUCUCCGGGCCCUUCCUCAAGCCCACCGGGACCCUCAGCCUGCAGGUGGAGCUCAUCCACCCUCUGCCGCUCCCCCUGCCUCGGCACUGCAGCCUCCGCCUUGCCUCUGAGCAUUCGCGACGCAGCCACCAGGAUGACCUGGUCGUGGGCUGGGAUGGCAAAAACCAGGUAGGCGUCAGGGCUGGAAGGAUACCUGGGAAGCCCACCCUGUGGCCUGAGUGGGGCACUUGGGGCCCUGCCCUGCCCGAGGAGCCUUACAGGGCCAACAGGGCUGGGCCCCAGUCCCCAAGGGACCAUCGGAAGGGCACUGGGUGGGAGGAGGAAACCUGGGUCCCAGCACCACCUGGGACAGGAAGACCAGUGGCUGACGCAUACUGCAGGCCUCUUGUGUGCCAGGUACAUCAGCCCCAUUUCUAGAAGAUGAAAUUGAAGCUCAGAGUGGCAUGAGGUCUUGCCCAGAGUCACGGAGCUACUGGAAGGCAGGGCUGGGAUUUGAACCCAUGAAAUGCCCAUGAAAUGCCUCCAGCCACCACAGUGUGUCACUCCCAGUCCCAUCUUUGUCAUAUGCUUGUCCCUAUCUGCUUCUCUCCAUGCCUCAACUUACUCCUCUGCAAAAUGGGCUGAAGCUCUUGGAGGGCCUCCCACAGUGCUGGGCCAGCAGCCCUCACUUCCAUGACCUUGAUGAAGAAGGUUGCCUGCACUGGGUGGUGGGGAGGGGGUUGGCCUCUCUGGGGGAGCCCUCCCCCUCAGGCUGUCCCCUCCCCAGGUGGUGCUGUCCUCCUCUCUUCG